UGUUCUCGCAGUAAACCCAAAAUGGGUUGGUUGGUAAUUGGCAUUUCUGGGGCCACAUGCAGCGGAAAAACGUCACUCGCAAGAAGACUUCACAAGAAUUUGAAGAACUCGAUUCUGAUUGAGCAGGAUACUUAUUUUCUUCCUGUCGAUGAUCCCCGUCAGACUUGGAUUCCAAAACUCAAUCACAUCAACUUCGACCUUCUUUCCAGUCUCGAUAUGGAAAAAAUGCACACAGACAUUCUCAAAUUCUUGAAUGAAAAGUCUCGAGGAAAUUCCACGUCUUUGGAGAAUGAAGCGAAAGUGCUGAUUGUUGAGGGAUUUCUCAUUUUCGACUACAAACCGAUUUCAGAUUUGUGCAAUCUUAAGUACUUUCUGACAUUGAAGAAAGAAGAAUGCUGGAAUCGAAGAGCCUUGCGUGUGUAUCAGCCGCCGGAUGUGCCAGGAUAUUUCGACGAGAUUGUAUGGCCCGAGUAUUUAAAAUACAUAGAUAAGGUCACGAACGAUAAGGACUUGUUCAAUAGUAUUAAGUUCUUUGAUGGAACGCAGAGUCCAGAUCAAGUGUACGCUAAUGUUUAUAAUGAAAUUGAAUUAAAAUUAGCUUAACUGGAUUAUUUUUCGAAUUAUUUUACACAAUUUUCAUUUUUAGGCAAAAUCACACAAUUGUAUAUCUUCGUACAAUAAAGGUAAUUUAGGUUUUAA